AUGUUAAUUCUACCUCAACAUGGAGUUAGAAUAUUAUUUAUAGCUGGCUUAGUAUUAAAAAAAAAAAAAAAAUGUGAACCACUGACUCGGCCUAUGGGUCUUAACGUGAUGGCUACUGAUCGGCAAGGCUUCAGAGGACAUCACCGGCUUCCAGUUCCGGUUCUCAAGAAUUUACGUGAGAUGGCUCUCACGGCGGGGAAGAUGUUCGAACGCGGAACGGGUUUGCCGCCAAAACAAAGGCAAAAGCACGGACGCUCCAAGUCGCGUUAG